CGACUGCUGCAGACCAGUCCAGCCUUAUAUCCAGCUCAAUCAACGAAAACAGUGUCCACCCACGACGAAGACAACGAGCUCAGCGGCGUAUUUGCGCAAUUGCAGAUCCUACCCAUGCGGUAGUUGGCUCUAGUUCUCCUGCCCGGGUACUUGCAGUGGACCGAGGCGAAUAGAGUACGACCCGGCGACCAAAACCCUCAACAGGCCUCGCAGGGAGGGAUUGUCUGAUAUUGGGGACUACCAAGCGACAAGAGAGUUGCAAUGAUGAACGGGUACGAGAAACACCACCUCGACGACGACGCCUUUGGUGCCAAGUCUGGCAGCAGCAUCGUCAGCGCCUUCGAUGCAUUCCCAAAGGCAAAGCCGCAGUACGUGACGCGGACAUCGGGCGGCGGCAAGUGGACGGUGAUAAUGGCGGUGGUGUCGCUGGUUCUGGUGCUCUCGGAGCUGGCGCGGUGGUGGCGCGGCGAGGAGAUGCACACGUUCGCGGUCGAGAAGGGGGUGGGGCGGGAGAUGCAGCUCAACCUCGACAUCGUCGUGCACAUGCAGUGCGCCGACCUCCACGUCAACGUCCAGGACGCCGCCGGCGACCGCAUCCUCGCCGCCCAGAUGCUGACCCAGGACCCGACCAACUGGGCGCAGUGGGUCGACGGCGUGGGCAUGCACCGCCUCGGUAGGGACGAGCAGGGCAGGCUCGUCACCGGCGAGGGGUGGGCGUCCACCGCGCACGACGAGGGGUUCGGCGAGGAGCACAUCCACGACAUCGUCGCGCUGGGCCGGAGGAGGGCGAAGUGGGGGAAGACUCCGAGGUUGCGCGGCGGUAGCGCGGAUAGCUGCAGGAUCUUUGGCAGUCUGGACCUGAACAAGGUGCAGGGAGAUUUCCAUAUCACGGCGAGGGGGCAUGGCUAUAUGGGGCACGGAGAGCACCUUGCCCACAACGCCUUCAACUUCUCGCACAUCAUCUCCGAGCUAUCCUUCGGCCCUUUCUUGCCGUCCCUCGUCAACCCCCUGGACAGGACCGUCAAUGCCGCGGCAGAGAACUUCUACAAGUUCCAGUACUUCAUGUCCGUCGUCCCGACCACGUACAGCGUGGGCGACCCGACCAAGAGCGGGGCCACCUCCAUCUUCACCAACCAAUACGCGGUGACGGAGCAGAGCAGCGCGGUCCACCAGCGGACCAUCCCUGGCAUCUUCUUCAAGUACGACAUCGAGCCCAUCCUGCUCAACAUCGUCGAGUGGCGGGACUCCAUCUUCCUGUUCCUCAUCAAGAUCAUCAACGUGGUCAGCGGCGCCCUGGUCGCCGGCCACUGGUGCUUCAACCUGAGCGAGUGGGUCAAGGAGGUCAUGGGCCGGAGGAGGCGCGGUAUGAACAAUGGCAUGCUGGGCGUGAAGCCAGGGGAGGAGUAUCGGGAUUGAACGAACGACUAGCGGGAAAAGGGCGGGGGGGACUAAGGCAUAUAUAUAUCUCUGUAUAUGUUCUAGACAUAUCGCGCUUCAUUUUCAGAGGUGCUUCGAUACCUAUCACUUCCCUGACUAGGAGCUACGUGAGGUAGGAGUCCGAGCCUGCCAUAUACACAGCACUCUUGGCAGGGGAGAACGGAGAUGGACAUGAUAUGAUUACUCUAUGAUCGUCGCAAGUGCUUCCUAAAAGAAUUACAGAUUAUCCACCAAUGCAAGUCUGUCUAUGAUAUGCUAG